UUAGAUAAUGAUUAUAUUAAUGAAAAACUUAUAGAAUUUAAAUCACAAUCAUUAUUGGAUAAUGUUGACCAAGAAUCGGAAAAUCUAUCAUACAAUUGUAUUGAUGGAAAUUGUUUGACUAAUGAUAAGGAGAGUCCCGAUAAUAAAAAGGACAAUGGAAAAUUAUUUAAAUCAUUGUCUAAAUUACAGGGAGAACCAAAUUUACAGAAUAUCGUCAAUCUUAAUCAGCCUUCGAAUCUUCUGUUCAAUUUUAUGCAGGAAAAUAAUACUACUACUAAUGCUCCUAACGGAACAACGACCAUUGGCCCAUCAACUUCAAACGGUACGACAACUGAUCUACCGUUUACAACGGUUACUACAAUGAACGAGACAACAGCGUUUCCAACUGACAGCACUCCUGGUACUUCAACUAUUAUUAUUACAACUGAAGAAUCUGAAGAACCAACUUUUGAACCGGACGAAGAUAUAACAGAUCCUCCGAUCCCUCCGAUGCCUCCGACAACUACAACUACAACAACUACAACAACAACUACACCUAGAACUACAACUACAUCAACUCCGAUGCCUCCCACAACCCCUGCACCUUCAACGACAAUACCUACUACAACUCCAGAGCCUCCAACAAAUGGUACUGAUAGUUCUGGAUCGACAUCAACCCAAACAAUGAUUUUCGGAGGUGUUGGUGGACUUUUAUUCCUUUUAUUGGUCUUUGUAUGUUGUUGUCGAAAUUCAGGACCAACGGCCGACGUUGAAUCAGGUUUACCUCAGGAUACAAACCAGGACCAAAUUAAUGAAAAAUCACCCGACGAUGGUACUCCACCUGAUUCAAUUGAUGUUGUAAAAGCCAAAUCAGCUGAAAAAACAGGACUGAUAACCGGUAAAUCGAGUACAGGUGAAAGUAUCUUCGGUAAACGUAAAAGUGCAGAGAAAGUUAAAAGUUUGGAGAAGGUCAAAAGUUUGGAAAAGGUUAAAAGUCUCCUGGGUAAAAGCUUAACGGGGAAGAGUAACAUUUCCCUUGGAGGUAAAACGAAAAGCAUUGAAUUAUCGGGUAAGAGUAGCGGUGAGAAUCUCGGUUUAGCCAAAGUUAAAAGUUCCGAGUCAAAGUCCAAGAGUCUCCUGAAAAUUGGUAGUAAAACAAAGUCAAAGGAGAGUCUUAAAGGUAAAAUCAAAUCAACGAGCCUCGAAAAAAUUAAAUCCAAUGAAAAGGUUGCAAGUAGUGAGAAGAUGAAAAGUAUCGAGAAAAUUGCAAGUUCAGAGAAAAUGAUAAAAAGUAAGACAUCAAUGUCACCAAAGAAAAAGUCAAGUCUCUCAAGAGCGAAAAGCGUUGACAGGACCAAGAGUAUUUCCAAAGGAGUCAAAUUUUCAUCUAAACUCGCCGCAAAAUCCAAGAGUCAUUUAAAAAUCGAUAGUGUCGAACCAAUGACCAGUGCAAUGUCAUUAGAGAAAAGUAAAAGUCGUGAAUUAACAAGUAAAUUAUCAAGUUCCGAUGGUGGAAAAUCAAAUUUAACAAUAACAAGUUCCAUCGUUUCCAGACCAAGUAAAAGCAAAAGCUCAGACUUAGGAUUCAAAAGUAAAGACAAAUGAAUCAAUUCCAACAACGAAACAACAUCCAAACCGAUCAACCAAAAAAGCCAAUAAGAAAAAAUUCUCCAAUCAAUCCAAUUAAUUGGGAGAAAAGAAAAACAAAAUUAAUCACAAUUGAAAAAGAAACGAAAAAAAAAAUAUUCCAAUUAUUAUGUAAACAGUUUUUCCAUUUAAUUUUCGAUCAAUCGUUUAAUCGUAUCGAUAGUUUUUCUCUAACCAAGAGAACAGAAAAUCUUGGAUCAGAUAUUUGAUAUUCUCAUCAUGUUAUCUUUCAUUUAAA